CAGAGCUGCCUUGACAACCCAUGAGUCUGGAUUAGUAGAACCAAGAAGAAAUUCCUUCAAUAAUGACUCUUUCUUCUUGAGGAGUAGUGACUGAUUCAUUAGGUGUGUGCCUGAUUCUUCUCCUCACUGACUGAUAAAACAUAAUUUAUCAUGAGAACAUUUAUUAAAUCCUGGAUUCCUCAGUGUUUGUGGAUUCUCAGGUCACCUUCCAGAUCAUUCCACGGAAACAACAGGCUUCUUACAUCUCAGAUUGUUUCCUACUAUGAACCUAUAAACCAGUGUACAAAGGAACUUCCAGAAUAUUUCAACUUUGCUAGUGAUGUCUUAGAUGAGUGGGCACGACUGGAAAAGGAUGGAAGAAAACCAGCAAAUCCAGCUUUUUGGUGGGUCAAUGAUGAGGGAGAGGAGGUGAAGUGGAGCUUUGAGGAGCUGGGCUCUCUGUCCAGGAAGGCAGCCAAUGUCCUUUCUGAGGCCUGUGGUUUGCAGAGAGGAGACAGAGUCAUUGCAGUUCUGCCUCGUGUUCCUGAGUGGUGGCUCCUGAAUGUGGCCUGCAUGCGAACAGGAAUUGUCCUUAUUCCAGGAACAUCCCAACUAACAGCCAAAGACAUCUCAUACCGACUCCAGGCUUCAAAGGCCAAGUGUAUCAUUACCAGUGACACACUGGCACCUGCAGUGGAAUCUGUCCUGCCUGGCAGCCAGUUCCUGAAAAGUAAACUCAUUGUAGGCCAAGGGAGCAGGGCUGGGUGGCUGAACCUCAAAGAACUCCUUGCGGUUGCAUCUGCUGACCAUCAAUGUGUCAAGACGAGGAGCCAAGACCCAAUGAUAGUGUAUUUUACCAGUGGAACUACAGGCUUCCCAAAAAUGGUGGUGCAGUCCCACAGCAGAUAUGGCAUUGGAUUUACAAUCUCUGGCAGGUAUUGGAUGAACUUGACUCCUUCAGAUAUAAUGUGGAAUACCUCUGAUACUGGCUGGGCAAAAUCAGCCUGGGGCAGUGUUUUUACACCAUGGAUCUGUGGAUCCUGUGUCUUUGUACACAAUAUGCCACAGUUUAAACCAGAAGUUAUUGCAGAGACUCUCUCAAGAUAUCCCAUCACCACCUUCUGCACGGCUCCCACCGCCUUCCGCAUGCUGGUCCAACAUGAUGUGAGCAGGUACAGCAGGGAGGGGAGGGAGGCUGGGGUACAGUGCUGGGACAGCUCUGCAUGCUUAGCUGUCCGUGUCCCUCAGUGGCCUGCACGGAGCUGGAGCAGAUGUUCCUGUGAGCUGAUCAAAGCACUGCUGCUGUGUCUGUCCUUUCUGCAGAUCGUAGAUGAGCACGGGGCCGUUGUGCCUGCAGGAGAAGAGGGCACCAUUGCUGUGCGAGUGCAGCCCACGCGACCCUUCUGUCUGUUCUCCGAGUACUUGGAUAGUCCAGAGAAAACUGCUGCCUCUGUGCGUGGAGAUUUUUAUCUCACUGGAGAUAGAGGCACUAUGGAUGAAGAGGGAUAUGUGUGGUUUGUUGGAAGAGCUGAUGAUAUCAUUAAUUCUGCUGGGUACCGCAUUGGCCCAUUUGAAGUGGAGAGUGCAUUGAUACAGCACCCAGCAGUCUCAGACGUGGCUGUUGUCAGCAGUCCUGACCCAGUGCGAGGGGAGGUGGUCAAAGCCUUCAUUGUUUUAGCUCCUGAUUUUGUAUCACACGAUCCAGAAAAAUUAACUCUUGAACUCCAACAACAUGUCAAGAAGGUGACUGCACCUUACAAGUAUCCAAGGAAGAUGGAGUUUGUUCAGGAGCUGCCAAAGACAACUACUGGGAAAAUCCAGAGAAAAGUUCUAAGGACCAAAGAGUGGGCAAACAUAUAAAAAGAGCAAGAGGAUUCUGGGAAGCAAGGAGAGAAAUGUUCCAUUAGCUGUACCAACCAAAACACAUCCAACAUGGCACAUGUUUAUGACCCAGAACACCUGGAAACAUUGGGAAAAACAAACUGUGGAAGAAAAAGUAGAAAACACCCAUAUGGCUUGAGGAUAUGUGCUAUUGGAACCACUUUUGUCAUUGACCUACAAAUUUUCCAAAGGAAGGACUUGCAAGUUAUUCAGAGUGUGAAAUGGCAAAGAGAAAGGACAGACCCAAGUGCAUACAAAGAUUUAAUUUUUUUACUGGAUA